UGGUCACAAAUGAAGUGUCAGCACAGAAGGCGCAAGGGGACCGGAGAUGGAGAGACGGAUGAAAUAUGUGCUGGAAAAGCACAAAUAUUUCCUUCUUCAGCAACCUCUGCAUCAGUGUGUCAGGAUUGCACUGAGGCAGCAGUGACGCCCAGGUUGUUGGCUGCUGGUUCAUCGGUGCGGCGCGCACGGGGUGCGUGAGCGCUUGGAGACGUAGCGCUGCGCGUGGGUCGCUACGAGGGGUGUGUGCGCGUCCGUGACACUACUCCACAACACCGAUUAGACAUCAUCUAUCAACCUACGGCGGGUCACGGAGCAUCGCAUCACUCACCCUGGAAACCAAGACUCUUAUACGGCAUCCGCGCAAUUGUGCCAUUCAAUCCGUCUGAACAGCGCGCAUUCGCGAAUACACCCUGCUCCGGAGGUGGCUUCUUAAUAUCGGACAAUGACUCUGACCCAUACCCGGAGAUAGGGAUGGAUCCAAGAGUGUGGAGGAUGCUCGCCCUGCUCGGUGUGUUUGCAGUCUUGCUGGAGGUGAAUGGUGAUGACAGCUACCUGAAUGCAGUGCAGAAUACAGUACCUCUCUCCUGCUCCGAGGGCUUCACUGAGCUGGGCUAUUACAAUGGCACAGUUUCUCAAACCGACUCAGGUUCGCCCUGUCUGAAGUGGACCGAAUUCCCAGAUUACGUGCAGCAGUAUCCUGGCAGGGGUCUGGGAGAGCACAAUUUUUGUCGAAAUCCUGACCGUGAGUCCAACCCAUGGUGCUUUUUCAGACAGAGCUCAGGAGCCAUUGGUUGGGCCUACUGUGACUGCCACCAAGGAGCAGUCAGGCUAGCAGGAGGCUCAUCCUCAAAGAGUGGCCGACUGGAGGUCUACCUAAAUGGCCAGUGGGGGUCGGUUUGCGACACACACUGGACAGACCGAGAUGCCAGUGUGGUUUGCCGACAGCUUGGACUGGGUGAGAUUGGCACGGCUCUCCAGCACUCAUAUUUUGGCCCCGGCUCCGGUCUUUUUCACUACGCCCGCCUUGGCUGCCGCGGUGAUGAGAAAUCCCUGCUGGAGUGCAGGAGCAGGAAGUUUGUUACGAGCGACUGUAACCAUGGAAACGAGGCCGGAGUGGUCUGCGCACCACCUGAAGGUAAUGGGCCGCCGCUGCGGUUGGUUGGUGGGGAGGAGGACUUUGAGGGACGAGUUGAGGUCUUCCAUGAUGGGCGCUGGGGGACCAUUUGCGAUGAUCAGUGGGAUGACAUGGAUGCCGAGGUGGUAUGCAGGCAGCUCGGAUUGGGGGGCAUCCCUAAAGCCUGGUCAUGGGCUCAUUUUGGGCAGGGCAGUGGGCCGAUUCAGUUGGAUGCAGUACAGUGCACAGGCAAUGAGCUCUCUCUGGACGAAUGCCGUCACAGCGGAUGGGAACAACACAACUGUGACCAUAUGGAAGACGCUGGGGUGUCAUGCAAUCCAUAUACAGAUGGCGUGGUGAGACUGGUAGACGGUGAUAACCCAUGGGAAGGUCGUCUGGAAGUAUAUCACUCUGGGGACUGGGGCACAGUGUGUGAUGACAGCUGGACGGAGCAGCAUGCACAGGUGGUCUGCAGACAACUGGGAUUCAGGGGCGGUGCGGAGGUCGCCCCAGCUGGCGUGUUUGGAGAAGGAACAGGACUAAUUCUGCUGGACGAUGUGGAGUGUGAGGGGAGCGAGAGCUCUUUGCUGGAGUGUAAACACAGUGUCUGGGGUCGACACGAUUGCUCUCAUAGCGAAGAUGUUGGAAUACGCUGCCACAGGGUAGAAACCAAUGAGGUCCCACUAGCUCCAGAAAGUACUGGGCCUCUGGUACGAUUGGCAGGUGGCGAUAACAGAAAAGAGGGCAGAGUGGAGGUGUUUCUUAACGGAGAGUGGGGGAGCGUUUGUGAUCAUGGCUGGAAUGAUGUCAAUGCUGCCGUUGUCUGCAGACAGCUCGGAUUCACUGGGGUAUCAAAAGCACGACCGAUGGGUUAUUUCGGAGCAGGGAAGGGGACCUUCCAUCUGAUCAACGUGAGGUGUACGGGGAAGGAGUCGUUUCUCGGAGAGUGCCCUUCUAAAGGACAAGAAAGCCAUGCUUGUAAGCAUGGACAGGAUGCAGGUGUAGUGUGUGAUUAUUUGCCAGAGCCAGAGGCUGACAUAGCAGUGGUGGGCACACACACCUGCGGUAUGAGAGCGGGCGCUGAGAGACGCAGCAAAAGGAUUGUCGGGGGAUAUAAAUCUCUCAGGGGUGACUGGCCCUGGCAGGCGUCCCUGUGGCUCAGAUCUCAAUCUAAAGGGAAUCAGCCUCUGUGCGGAGCCACUCUCAUCAACUCUUGCUGGCUCCUCACUGCAGCGCACUGCUUCAAACGGUUUGGAAGUGAUGCUUCACGGUACGUGGUGAAGCUUGGGGAUUAUCACACACGGGAGCAGGAUGAUUUUGAACGCGUCCUCUCUCCAGAGCGCAUAGAAGUUCACAGGAAGUACCGAACGGAGAGCUGGGAGCAUGACGUGGCUCUGAUCCGGCUGAAGGGCGCUGAGGGGAAGUGUGUGUCCUUUAACCCUCAUACUAACGCCGCCUGCCUGCCUGCACCUGGCAGCAAGUGGGGCAAGAGACCUGCGUCUUGUGUCAUCACUGGCUGGGGAAUGACAGACACAGAGAAUCCCAGCACUCUUCUCCAAGCCUGGGUUCCCCUUCUGCCCUCAUGGCAGUGUAAGAAGCGUUACGGCGAGCGUUUCACUAGCCACGACAUGCUGUGUGCCGGCAGUAUGACGUCUGACCUCAGAAAGCACGCUGACAGCUGCCAGGGCGACAGCGGGGGUCCGCUAGUGUGUCAGGGCGAAGCAGGGCGCUGGGUCCUGACGGGGGUCAUUUCUUGGGGUCACGGCUGCGGUGACCCCUCGUACCCAGGUGUGUAUUCACGGGUCAGCCGUUACCUGCCCUGGAUCGAACAGGUGACGCACAGCACCGCUCCUCUCCAGCACUAAAGCACCACUCCCUCCGAAGGCCUCCCGUCACACUUCAGAGAACCAGGACUCUAUGAAAGGAAAAACAAGAUCCUGAGAGUGUUUGACACAUGCUAUAAGCUUGGAUCUUAACUCCUCUGUAUUCUAUCUCUGUACAAUUCAACUUUACGUCUUUAGCAUUUAGAGAUUAGGAUCUUAACUUAUUUGCAGACUGCGUCUGUGAAGGUUUCCAUUCAUGUAGGACACUGUAUAAUGACCAGUGUGAUGGCAAAUGGACAGUUUACCUCAAAGUUAAAGUUCUGUCAUCAUUUACUCACCCUGUAGUUCCAAACCCGAAUAAAUAAUGACAGGAUUUUCAUUUUCAAGUGAACUGGCCCUUUAAAAGAGUGUGAUUCUAUUGUGCAUUUAACAUGUUCGUAGUGCCGUCCAGAGGCUGCAGUGCAUGUCAGUGUAUGUAUUGUAUUUAAAAGCCAUUCGAUGCAGCUGCCCAGGCCUUCUGCAUGGUAGAGAACGGUAGCAUAAGCUCUGCAAAAGCAGGUUUAUUUCUUAUUCCGUGGGGCGGAAGAAAACCGAAUGGAUUCCUCUACUAUCCUUAUUUAACAGAAGGCUUGAACUCCGAGGAAACAUUUUCAGUGUUGUGGAUUAGACAAGUAGAAUGAAUCACGUAGGCUUUUUUAGAUAGCGACAGUCGAAGUGAUCUUUAAAGCCAUGUGUCUUCUAUAUGUGUCAUACAUUUUUAUUCAUGUAGAGCAAAUCAUGAUAUUUAUUGCAUUGGUUUACCAAGUAUGCUCAACAUACAGCUCUUGAAGAUAAAUGACUCAAAUGUUUUGUUUUGUCUCAGUCUUAGUAGAUGUUUUAGAGCAUAAGUGGCAUUUUUAAUUCAUGAUAGUGAAUAACCUAAUGUGACUUUUCUCUUAUUCGUCAUGGUGAUUUACAAUGCAAUGUGUGUCAUGUAAAUGCAUAAUGGGAUUCGUCCACGCAAAGGGUAAAAUCAAGAGGAGUUUCUCAUUUCUAAUCUACUGAAAGAACAAAUUUGGGAUCGUGGCUACAGUAGUUUUGAUUGACAGACAGUUUUAUUUUGUAGCAUCUCUUAAAUGUUCCCGUACUUUGUUCUGUGAACUGUGUGUUUUCAUCCAGUGGGUGGCGAUAUUGUGUUUUUUACGCCGUUCUGUUCUGUGCUGUAUCUAGAAAAGAUCUUCAGUCUGUUUCAUAUUUUAAACCCCUUUUGACUGUUUCUUCAUUACAGAACAACAUUUCGGUGAUAUUCAUGCAAAUAAUGAUAGGUUUUUGUAUUUCACCGGAAACGAAAAAUGUAAAUAACAAGGGCUCUUCAAAAUUGGUCAUUAAAAAGGCAAUAGGCAAAUGUAAAUAGGAAGUGACAUCACAGAUGAUGAUACAUGGCUGAGAAUGGAAAAGCCGAGAGCUCCAAAAAAAGCUUCAAAUUUGUAAUUUUAUUGUGGAGAUUGCACAUUUGGACUUAAACUAUUUCCAGUUAUGUCAAAUAUAAAUGGCUGGGGUGAAAUUAAUAUGACAUAUAUGUGUGCUUUAUUAAUGCAACAAAUAAGAAUCGCUCCCUAAAACACUGACUCAAUUUACUGCAAGGUCUGAAAUAACAGUCAGUUCUUAACAUUAAAAAGUUAUAUUCCGCUUGCUUCAUACUUAAUGCAUAUUGUCUUACAAAUUCUUCUAAUAAUCUGGUAUUGCCUGCUGAAUUAGUUAACAGGCAUAUAUUAUUAAUGUAUUGUUAAUGCAAGUGGAGCCAUGCCUUCCGAAAGGCCUGGAAACUUCUACAACAAUAGCCUAUAUUGCUAUAAAAACCAAUAGGCCUACACAUUCAUUGUGGGUUUUCAUAGUGGAAAAAGGAACGGUUUGGUUUAGCAUUACUUUUGUGUUUUUUUGCUUAGUAGGUCUACAUUCUGGAGAUGUAUUAAAUGGAAACUGGACUGUAUUGUCUCCUCCUCCUCUUCUCUAAAGACUAACUUCUCUCUGUGUUUUGGAUGGUGCCUGCUUAGAUCUUCAAAAGCCAUUCUAAAAGUAAGCUAAACUACACUGGCCUCUCAGAAGACUGUUUCAAGUGGCCAAUCACUGCAUCAGAGCUUUGAGACUCUUCAUCAAGGGCCGUGAUAAGAAGCUCGUCUCCCCCGACACACUGGAGAGGGUUGAUGUCUGUUGCAUGUCAUGCAAGCAUCUGUUUGUAUGUUGAUGUUCUCAGUCAUUACCAAGUCUUUGAUUUUCUGUAAAAAAAAAGCUUUGGAUAUUUUCAUGUGUGACAAGUGCCAAAAUAAAGUGACCUCUUCUUGUGGCA